AUGCCAAAUGAAUCAAGGCAAGCAUUUGGGGUUGAGCGUGUGCCCCUCCAUGACAGCUUAAACAAGAGUCCUGAAGAGGAUGACGACUUAGUUGGGCUAAGGGUGGACUUACUUCGUUUGCGAACUCAAGACACAAUGCCCGCCAGUGUAGAUGUGAUUCUAUCCAUUCGUGGCUCAUUUGAAGGGAAUCAGCCUUCAUAUUACGUGGCUCAGCACGAGACUGAAUUGGAUUACGAUUUUGGGCAUGAGAGCAAGUUGGUAGAAUUGCCUCCGUCAUGCUGUGCAACUAGAGAAGCGAACACUGUGCAUUCAGGUAUGCUUCAUCGAUCAAAGCGCAUGAUACUGGGCUUCGGCCGUCGUCGCACGCGGGGCGUGUCUGGUGAAGUUCCGACAACAUCUCAGGGAUCGAUACGUCCACAGCGCAUGCGGUCUCAUUCGAGUCCGGCGCCGCCGAGUAUGGAAGUCACACAUCAGAUGGGGAUAGAAUUUCGCGUGCUACUGGAUGACGGGAAAAAACAGAUAUGUGUGGGAGAAUGCAUGUAUUCAGUAACCGAAGUAUCGGACCAAGCGUUGUGGCUGCCUAUAAUCACCAAACAGGGGCACCUGCAUAGUGGUCUGCAGGUCACUUUGUCACUCCUUAACGAAAACCAAUGGCACCAGUACAAAUUGGAACGUUCUUUGAUUACUGCGCCGGCUGAUGAGCCUGUGGGAAUGGUCGAAGAGGAUGAGCAUUUCGUGAAUGAAGUGAUUUUCGACCGGGUUGAUGAGGACGAGGAUGAGGAUGAAGGCAGUGCUAUGGAUGAGCCACCAAUUGAGCAGCUACAGCGUUCUCGGCACUUUGGUAUGCGGCGCCAUACGAGACGUUUGCAUACCCAGGCGCCACAGGAGACCACGGCGCUCAGCGACACUGACACACUCCCCCAUGGAGCAUUGAGUUCUCAGCUUGUACGGCGUAAGCAUCGAAGGAGACUAGGCCUUGCACGAAGGCAGCAGCGCCAUUACUCUGCCAUUCAUACAGCUGGUCAGCUUGGUCUUGACACCCAUGGUGUGCAAGGCAUCAUCACGAUGGAAGUCGUUAGCGCGCGAGACUUGCCCCGUUGGCGUAACAUGACGUAUACAUCUUUUGAUAUGGAUCCGUUUGUUGUGGUAUCCUUUCACCGCAAAGUGUUCCGCACGCGCGUUUGUCGGCACACACUCAAUCCUGAAUGGCGUGAAAAGCUGUAUGUGCACGUCCACAGUCGUGAGACGAGUUAUAAUGUGCGGUUCGCUGUCUAUGACUGGGAUAAUAUGUCAUCCAACGAUUACGUGGGUGAAGUGAGCUUGGAGAUACGUAUGUUGAUGGAGGCUGCCGAGAAAGGUAGUGGCAAGGUCGCGCUGGACCUGCCGCUUGAACGAGAGGGGCAUGACGAGGAUGCCAAGUUUGGUGUUGGCAAGCCGCGGCCGACACUGCAACUCGAAGCCGCAUACCAAUCCUACUCAGCGCUGCGCCGUCAGUUCUGGCGCGAAAUGUUACGAUUGUACGACACGAAUGAGUCAGGCAGCAUUGACAUGGACGAGCUACAUACAAUGCUUAUGAGUUUGGGGAGUUCUUUGACGCCCACCACCCUGGCAGGCUUUUUUGAACGAUUUGGCAAGAACCCGUAUGUCGAUGGCCUCACGCUAGACGAGGGUGUGCGAGCUCUCGAGGAAGAGCUAGAAAAAUCGUGGGCCCAUCGAUGUGAUCCUGAGACCGCUGACGACACGGACGAUGCAGUGGACGUGGAGCGGGUGAUUCAACUGCGAGAGUGUCCUUGGUGCCACAUGCCAUAUCUCUCGCACGCUAACGAGAGCGAUGUUGUGACGCAUUUGGCGCUAUGCUCAUCGCAAGAGGGUCGUGCUGUGGAUGACUUCAUGGUGUCCAAUUUUGUCACAGCGACACAAGCGCGGCGCAAAUGGUAUACAAAUAUGUUCAAAACCAUGAGUCAAGGCGUGUAUCAGAUUGGAGCCAACAGUGCCAAUAUACUCGUGCAGGACCGCUUGACAGGCCAGCUUGUGGAAGAGAAAAUGCAGGUGUACGUGCGCUUGGGAAUUCGGCUCCUAUACCAAGGCGCCAAGAGCCGUAUGGAAGGCGCUCGUGCACGCCGAAUCCUGCGCAAUAUGACCAUUAAGCAAGGUGCCAAGUACGAUCAGCCCAGCAGUGUACGGGCCAUCAAGCCAUUUGUCAUGUUUCACAAUAUUGACGAACACGAGAUGGUCGAUGCCUUGGACUCAUUUACAACAUUCAACGAGUUUUUUUGUCGACGCAUCGACAUGUCGCUGCGGCCCCUGGCAGAACCUGAUAAUUCUGCUUGUUUGGUGAGCUGUGCCGACUGUCGCCUGAUGGCCUUUGAGAAUGUGGAUCAAGCCACAAAGCUGUGGAUCAAGGGCCGUCACUUUUCUAUCGCAAGACUGCUCGGAUCAAACAUAUCACACGAGCAAUUUGCCUUAUUGAUCUUCCGGCUCGCUCCACAGGACUAUCAUCGGUUUCAUGCACCUGUCGACGGUGUGGUCGGUCCACCCAAAUGGCUCGAGGGCGAGUACUAUACAGUUAACCCUAUGGCGAUUCGAAGCGCCAUUGAUGUGUAUGGUGAGAACACGCGCGUUGUAAUUCCCAUCACAACGCAUGAUUUUGGUACCGUGUACCUGGUCGCAAUCGGUGCCAUGAUGGUCGGUUCAAUUGUCAUGACAGCCCAACAGGGCCAGCAUGUGCAACGUAACGACGAACUGGGUUAUUUCAAGUUCGGUGGAAGCACGCUUGUGCUCCUCGUUGAUGCAGCGCGUGUGCAAUGGGACGACGACCUGUUGGUCAACUCCGACGCCUGCAUCGAAACGCUCGUUCGCGUGGGAAUGCGCAUGGGCCACGCACGAACGCUGCCUGACAGUGUGGGGGAAGAAACUCGGCCGAGAUAA